CAGCAGAGGCGUGACAUCUCACUUCGCAGUCGGCACUUGGCGGGUUCGGGGUUAGUUUUUCGGCGGAGAGAGACAUAGGUUGGGCUUGGAGAGAAGCGGCGUGCCAAAACUUCAGCAAAUCACCCUAAGUCCUCGUCUGUGGAUUUAACUCCACGGGAAAGUAGCAAAAGAAAGGAAAAUGAAGGAGUUGAAGGCGUUAACAUGGCUGGUAGUUGGAGUGAUGAUGUUGUUUUCCUCUGCUAAGGCAGCAGAUUCAUGUUGCUGUGAAGGCUGUCCCGAUGGUUUCGUGAAGUUGGGAGACUACUGUUACCGCUUCGUAAGCCAGGCCAAGUCUUGGGCUGACGCACGCGCAGACUGCUUCGCUAACGGCGGUGCCGACCUGAUCAGUAUUGAAAGUGCGCGAGAACUGGCCCUUGUCACACAGUACUUGGAUCUUAACGGCGGCGGUUUCAGCAAAUUCUGGACGUCAGGGCGCAGAAUGGAAAAUGCUGAGGAGAUUUCCAAAUCACUUGAUAAUCCGAUAGAAGUAUCCAGACAAUUUUACUGGGGAACCGGAUUUGACUUCAGUUACUGCCAGUGGCUGCCAGGAGAGCCCAACAACCAUAACAACAACGAGAACUGCGUGGAGCUGAGGUUCUGGAGAGGACGUAUUGCAGGAAUCAACGACGGGGUGUGUUCCACCGCCAACUCCUACAUCUGCGAGAACUUGCACGUGUAGAGUGCGUGUACUGCGUCUCUGAAACUAUGAAUGGACUGUUUUUUCUGUCGUCAUUUGUCUCCGGAUUUUUAUCUUUCGUCAAAUAUUGUGCACAAGGACAUACAGUUUUGAAAUUAGGAAUGGAUUGGAUGUUCUUUGACUAUUGACGUGUUUUAUUAUCGGACUUCGUAUGGGCAAGGGCAACAAAAUUGUUUCGAGAUCUUUAGAAGUAUUUGUCUUUGGGUUGGUCUAAAAUCUAAACCAUGGAAUCUCUGUAAUGGUGUCAUCAGUAUUUUCGUGAUUCAAACCAAAAUAGGUAAUUUUUCCACCAUUUCCACUUACUUUUGACUAUAAGAUUUUGCCAUUUAAUAGAAAUGUUGUUCACCUACUUAGAUAAGUAGUUUACAGUGAUCUUGAAAUUUGAGAGAAUUUGGUAUUUUUUAUAUUUAGAUGUGGAAAAGUUUAACACUUGGAAUUAGUAAUUUUGCCAAGAAAAGUAAUGUUACACAGCAAAAAAAAAAAUAUGCAUAUCAAAUAUUACUUUUGCUAAAAUUGUCUGCAGUUUGAAUUUGCUGUUACACAGCAAAAAAAAAUAUGCAUAUCAAAUAUUACUUUUGCUAAAAUUGUCUGCAGCAUGGAUUUUUGAAGUGAUAUUAAGAAGGAUGUUUUUCUGUCUUUACCUACAGUAUCCGCAAUGUGUUUAAAUGUUAUAAUUUCCAGCUUUAUUUAUUUUUUUUAAUUUUUGGGCUCGAAAUGGCAGUGAGUUUCAAAAUACUCUAUAACAUCUUUAACGUAGCUAACUUCGAAGAGCCAAAGGAGGACAACAAACAUUUAUUUAUAUAUAUGCGAAUCUGUAAAUCAAAAUAUUUUAUUAUCGCUUUGCAGCGCAAAUGCUUAUGGUUUAAAAAAUAAUUAAAAUGGGCCAUAUUUGUACAUAUUGUAUAUACAUGGCGCUUUGUGCGCCAAAGACAUCACAGACUUAUGAUAGGUAAUAUAAUGUAUUGUGGUGAGCAUUAAAAUUGAUUGUAAUAACUUUAUUAAGAAGAGUUAAAUGUCAUUGAGAUAAAUGCUGAUAGAGGUUAACAUCAAAUGAGACCGGUUAAAGGCAAUGAAAGAGAAAGCGACAACCAAUAUAAUGCAAGGAAUGACAUUAGACGACAUGGCGCAUUCUUAAAGACGCCAUCACGUCUCUGACUUAUGUUGAAGCGUGCAAUUAAUAAAUUCUUUCGGAUUGAGAAGA